GUCCAUUAUUUCUUCUCUACUCCUAAAGAUUCCUGUUCUCGUAUUCAUAUGUGACGUCACAAACAGCCUCUGAGGAUUUUCCUCUUUAUUUAAUUGUUGGUUUUGAUCAAUAAAGUUUUAAAUGAACUUGAAAAUCUCUCAUCCACGUAAAAAGAUAUUACCGGUGCAGCCCGCCGGGGCGGGGUUAGAUUCAUGCAGCUCUUCGAUUCACAUGAGACGGAGCAUCAGUCAGAGUCCGGAGAAGAUCCGGAGAAGAUCAAGAAGAACUUCUGUUGAUCACAGAGAAAUAUCUGUCAUCAUGACAGCAGGAGCAGUUUCUGCUCCACUUAUCAUUCCCAUCAUGCACCUGGAGACGCACAGAACCAAGAACCACAUCAAUACCAACACACCUGUCUCCAUCAAGUCAGACACUCCAGGUGUGGUGAUCUUCUACUCUCUGGACGGGUCGAAGCCGGUGGCAGCAGCACGAGGACGAUCAGCUGACAGCAGCAGGAAGUACAGUGAGCCCAUCCUGCUGCCUGCUGGUAGAGUGUCUGUCAGAGCUGUGGCUGUUUCCAGUGACGGCAGGCAGAGUUCUACUGUGACAAAGGUUUUCUGUGUUGACAUCGUGGACUCAAACAGGAAACAGACAGAGGAGAACUUCCUGCAGUUUUCCGCUGAGGGAAGUUCCGGUUUUCCUCAGAACUCUGCGGGUUCUUCACUGAGUCGUUCAGAACCGAGGACACUGGGAAAUGGUCCUUGUUUUCUGACCAGUGGACUAGGACCUCCACUCACAGUUCAGACUGGUUCUCCUGGACGUUCUCCAUCAUCGAGUUCAGGUGAGAGGAAGCAGCUGAGCAACGCGUCACGAGUUCAUCGAGAAACCAACUUCCUGCGGUGUGCUCAGUGUUUGAGUUCCCGUGCUUCCGACCCGUUCGCUCGGUUCUGUCCUCAGUGUGGCGCUGUGGUUCCUCCGUUACCUGAACAGAGACUGCCCCCUGCUGAGGGAGGACAGAUGGUUCUCUGUGUGUUCUGUAACACUGAGGUUCCUGUCAACACUCGCACCUGUUUGAUUUGUGAAGCUUCAGUCCAACAACAACUACAACCACAGGCCAGACUCACACUGCAGGAUCAUGUGGUGUGUGUUUGCUGUGGAAGUGGGAAUCCAGCUCAUAUCUCCACCUGUCUGACCUGUGAGAGCCGCCUGCAGCCGGAGGUGUGUGUUGGUAACAGCGCCCCCUCUGUCCCUUCUGAAGACAGCAGGAUGUUGACCUGCUCCAGAUGUAAACGUUUAAACCACAGUGAUGCCAGAUACUGCGACUGGUGCGGCUCCAAGUCCGGUCAUGCAGCCAGCUGUGUGAUGUGUCGGCGAUGUGGAGCGAGUUCACACCCGAACGCCUUCUACUGUGCAACCUGUGGCACACACCUGGAUGCACCGGCCCCGCCCACAACCUGCAGUGACAUCACACGUGCUCCCCACCAGGCUUCAGCCUCGGCUUCCCAUGAUGCCACCUGGCAGGCCACCCGCUCGUCUCCUAGUGUGAAGGUAGCUCCGCCCUCUGUGGAUCAGUCCACUCAGACUGUUGGACUCUAUUACCCAUCAGCCACCGAGCUCCAAAGGAAGGACCAGCAGAGGGUGCUACAGCUCAGCAGACAGCAGUCAAGCAGAGACCGGCAACCACCUGUGACCGCCAUCAGCCCGGGCAGAGGUUACUGGAGGAGGCAGUUGGAUCAUGUGUGUGCUCACCUGAGGAGUUAUGCUCAGAACAACGCCCCCUUCAGGACUGUGCUGGGAGAGCCUCGUCUGGGUCGGAUGGUUUCUGCUGUGGUUCAAGAAGAUGGUUUUGAAGUCAGUUUGACCCUCAGCUUUGUUUCAGCCGCACAGGAAGUAAAACAGGUGGGUCCUGACGGUGACGAUGCACCUCCGGCAGCUAACUGCGUUGGACCAGCAGGGGGCGUUUUACCUGCAGGUCGGACUGAGACGCUGAGCAGCGUUACAGAGCGGUUCACCAGCAGUCUCAGCACAAACGGAAGUGAUCGGACCACAGGUCUGAUGAAACCCCCCAAACCAAACCUGACACCCAAACCUCCGGUGAAGGACGUUCAGCUGCUGAAGGAGUUGGCUCCAGGUCGAGGUCACAUCAGUGUCAUCCAGCAUCUCCUGGAUCAGGGGGCAGAUCCCUCCUGCUGUGGUAGCGACGGCCGGCACGCCCUUGCGGUUGCUGCAGUUCAUGGUCACAGUGAUGUACUUCCUCUUCUGGUGCAGCGAGGAGCUGAUGUGGACCAGCAGUCGGGACAGAUGAAGAACACAGCUCUGCAUGAAGCUGCAGCUCAGGGUCCUGAAGGACUGAAGUGUGCUGAGGUCCUGCUCAGCUGCAGGGCCAGUGUGAGGCGGAGGAAUGCCGCCGGUCAAACGGCGUUUGACACAGCGGCGAGCUCUGGCUGUAACAACAUGGCGUCUCUGCUGGCUGCUCAGGCUGGACUGGAUCUACUGGACAAACUGAGGAAACACAAACUGAACCUGGACGUUUGCUGAGCCGACAUAAACUCUGAAAAACAUUGUUUUCUGAUGAAUUAGUUGAAAUAUGUUUGGAUUGAAAACAGCUGAGAACCCGGAUGUUUAGGAAAGAUCAGCUGACAUUUAACAAAUUAAAGGUUGAAAUGUUAAAAUUUCAUAACAAAAGCAUGUGAUGUAUUUAGGUGAAUAAUUAUCUGUGUCUAUAGAAAUGUGAGGAGCAUCCUCAGACAGAACAGAACUCUGCUGCCAGGACUCUCACCAGAGUCAACAGGUUGGAACACAUCUGGUUUAGCCUCUUUACACUGACUCUCAGUUUGUAACGAGUUGAAGCUUCUUUUAAUGACUUGUAAAACUCUCAAUGCUCUGACUGCUCCGUUUAUCUUUAAUCCUCGAGAUCCUCUCAAUUUCUGUCAUCUUCUGUCAUCCAUUUGAACAAAGGACUAAUGGAUUCUUUGUGCUCUUUUUGUGUAUGUGUGUAUUGUUAUGAUGUGUAUGGGUUGUGUGUGACUACUGUUUACAAACCAAACGGCCCCUCGGGGACAGUAAAGACGACCUUAACCUUAACUUAACCUUUAUUCUACUUUGUUAGUUCUUCAUUCUUCGUUGAGUGAGUUUGUAUUUGUUAUUUUUACGAGUUUUUCUUUAUUAGUUUGGAGAUGUGCUUUAUAGAUUAAGAUGUGAUUCAUUAUUAUUAAAUGCAUCUAUUUGAUUUGA